UAGCUCAUUGUGAAGGCGGCAGACUCAAACAAACAGACAAGGACGACUUUCCAAACAAAAAGAUAGCGUUUUUAGUUACAUUUUUAAGUUAGUUACGUUUAAGAAAGAGCAAAGGCAAAAGGAAAACAUUCCAUUGUGACUUUAUGAGGUCUUUCUACAUUCUCCACUAUGAAAGCCUCUAAAGCAGCACAGCAGACCUCCACUCAAGAGGAAUGUGGUGUUUGGCUGGACACUGUGCAACUCAAAGGCAAAGCUAAAAAGAAAUGUCUUGCCCGCCCCAUUUCUAAAUUGCUGAAUCCUUUUGCUGGCGGUUCAGGAUACAAUGUGGCUGUGGCACUCAACUUCACUCAGACCAAAAUGGAAAUGCCAAAGACGAAACAGAGUUCUAUAUCAACCUUCUUCACACCACAUCGAAGAGUCCUCAAUAAAAUCUCAGUUUCUGAAGUACCUGACAUCGACCCAUCUUUGUCUUCAUGUACCUCAACUACAUCUGCAACCGUAGCAUGUGGGAAAAAACGAGGACGUGAAAUAUAUUCUGAGCCUGCUGUGGAUCAUGACUGGAAGAAUGAAAAUGUGACCGAGAUGGAAGAAACACUGUGGCAGAAGCAGGCAGCAAGUCAGUCACCUUCACAAAACAUGUCCUGUGAAUCUGAAGAGAAGUCUGAGGAGUGGAAACCACCACAGAGUAAGAGGAGGCUCACCGAUACCUCCUCAUUGCCAGGUGAAAGUGAACCUCUUCUACAGGCGUGGAGUCAGGACCCACUGUUCACCUGCAGUCAGUAUUCUGAAGGUGAAUUUAAUCCAACUAACCAGGAAUAUGCUGCAGCAAAGAACGUUUCCAGCUCAGAGCCAAGUUUCCUUAACAGUCUACAAACUGAGGUGAACUUUGAAAAUCUAGUUGAUGUUGAAGAGAGAACAUCAACUCAAAAAUGCUUCAAAAACCUUCAUUCUUCUCAGACGGACGAUGAGAAAGAAAACAGCUGGUCACUGUCGUCUAAUUCCCCAAUUAAACGCUCAUCUUUGUCUCAUUCUGGACCUCUUUCAAAUCAUAAAUGGACAGAACCAAAAAUUGCUUCACCUCGAAAACACACAAGUCAGCUGUGGAAAAAGGCUGCAAAAGAAGAGAGCCUCGACUCGCAGAUCAAGUGGACAAAACCGAGCAGCUCUCCUCUUAAAAAACGAGCUGCACAGCCGCAGAGCAGAGAGGUGGAUGAGGACAGUUUGUCUAUGUUGUUUACUCAGGACUCUGAAGGCUUCAGGGUGAUGGCACACAGAGGUCUGCAAACCAGGAGUCCACUUAAAGAUCAGAGUAAUGUAAGCACUGGGAUUGUGAGAACUAGUGCUUAUAAAUCUCUGGUGGAGGAAGAAGAAAAGGAUGAGAUGCUCUUUACUCAAGACUCUCAAGGAAAUGUGGUGAUUAAGCACUGA